AUGGCUCAUACUGCCGAAGGUGUCUCAAUACCAUCGAGCAGCGCAACCGCGACUAAGUCCUGCGAUCUGCCUACCUGCUGGAACUGGAGAUGCCGUGACAUCCUUCUCUGCGAUGCUCGCGAGUAUGGUGCCCCCUACGGCGAAUCGUAUGCAGUUCCGGGGACUUUAAGAAUUUGGAUUCACGAGAUCACGCCCCUGGCCGGCCGGCUUCGUGCGUCGGCUCGGCUCGUCACGUCAAUCUGGCUAUCUCCGAACCCCGUGUCUGGCAAACCCGAUUGCUUCGCUUCUGUAAAUUUCUUUCAUUAA